AUGAGUUCGGAUAGCAAUGUAGAAAAGGACCCUAUGUUGGAAGGAAUCCUCCAAGUGCUUGCCAAUGUCGGAAGUUUAAUGGAGAAGCAGGAACUACAACGAGCUGCCUCUGGCUCUGGUAAUGGCGAACGUCGUUUACAAGGUCUGGUCGAACAAUUUUUGAAACUGAAACCACCACGGUUUGCUGGAACUGGAAAUCCUGAAGAGGAGGAAGCAUGGAUUGACGGGAUGGAGAAGAUAUUCGAUCUACUGGACUGUAAUGACGUUGACAAAAUAGCCCUAGCAGAAUACCAACUCCAAGGAAAUGCUAGACACUGGUGGAAGGCAUCCAAGGGGACCGUGUUUCCAACCGGCAUUAAUGAAACUUGGGGCGUUUUUGUCAAGGCAUUUUUCGGGAAAUAUUUCUCGGAUUGUGCCCAGGAUAAAAAGGUGAUGGAGUUUAUGCAACUGAAACAAAAUGACCUGACUGUGGACCAGUAUGAAGCUAAGUUUGCAGAACUUUCAAGGUUCGCCCCCAGGUUGGUUGAAGACAAGGAAGACAAAGCUAAGAGAUUUCGAGACGGCUUGAGACCAGAUGUCAUAAGUAAGCUAGUGCCCUUGAAUUUGAAGGAUUAUAAUGAGUUGUACGAAUGCGCACAACUUGUUGAAAAGGAUUUGGCGGAGUUAGCGAAGACAACAUUGACUUUCCAAGCACGACCCAAUCGCCAAACUUUCCAACCUAAUGUUCAUCGUGACAAGAGGCCCAUGUAA